CAUCCGUAACAGCUGUUAUAAGCAUAAGCGAGCCUUAAGCGAGAAGCGAGCAUGCGUGACUUAGUAAUCCGUGAGCGCUGUUAUGUGUUGUAGCUGAAGAACAAUUCGGUUGUGUAGGAGUGUAAUGCCAGAAGUAUCGGACGUCCGUAAUUUUGGAUAUCUUUUAUUUAAGAAUGUCUUCUGUUCAGAAACAUAUGUGUGUGCUUUGUAAUAAUAAAUUGGAUUCAAAAGAAGCACUUCAGGAGCAUUUCAGGAAACAUGCUAAUAAAGAGAUUGACAGUAAGGGGCGGCCUAUGAAAUCGCGACCUGGAAGUGCUGGCAAGACUUCCAACAAACUGUCGACACCAGAUCCAGGCCGUAGUAAAUCUGGAACUGGCAACGAUGCAGAUACUGUAUGUGACGUAUGUGGUCAGGCAUUUGACAAUGUAACAGUUGCAAUUCAACACAAGUUUCGUAAACAUCCAGAAAGUGCAGCAAAACACUUUUGCCCACAUUGUGGCAUGCAGUUUCCGCUUAAAAUCAACCGGGAUAAGCAUGUUGCAGCAGAACAUUCUGAUGAUGCUCCCGGUGAGUUAUUUCCUUGUGGAGACUGUGGUGUUGUUUUCUACACGAAGGAAGCCGAAGACUAUCAUUCCAAGUCAACACACAAGAGGAUUGUCGCAUUGUUCAAGCCUGUUGCUACUGCACCACCAUCCAAAAAAAUUAAGGUGAACAAUGCAGGUGAAGCCCAAUCAGUGUACUACUGUCACCUGUGUGGUUAUGAAUACAUUGUGAAGUUCAACCUACAGAAGCACCUAGAACGUCAGCACACAGAGGAGGAACAAAAGGAAGUCCCCGAGGACUUGAUCAAAUGCACAACCUGUGAUGCGCUGUUUUACAAUGAGCGAGCAUAUGACAACCACAAUAUGUACCACAAACCUGAUGACUUAUAUGUUACAAGUGAAGAACAGAGAUUACAGACUGUGAGCCGUGUGGACCAAGAUUUUGAUAUCCGACGAGUCCAGACAGCUGCUGAAAAGUUCAUCCCUGUUUACCGACCUCGUGGACGACCCCCACAGCAACCACAAAAGAAGAGAAAUAGAGAUCGAUCAUCAGUGCCACCAAAGAAGCGAGAGAAGGAACAGGAUUCCACUGAUGAAUUGUCUCCUGCUGAUUCUGCUCCCUCAAGUGAUUCAGGUGACUCAGACAGGGAUCUUCCAUUGUUCAAGCGACUUGAUAACAGUAAACAGCAACAUCUGGGCGGACUAUGAUGAUGCAUAGGAAUGACUUGCUACCUCAGUGUUCAUUAACCAGUGCUCCUGUGCUAGUCUUGUCACUUGUUCGGUAUGGAUGCAGUGGCUGAAUGCAUCUGAGAGAGAGUAGGCAGCAGUAACAGUAUGUCUUGUAGUUUAGACACUGGAUGUUGGACAUUUAUUGCCUCAGAAGAUCCCAUUAUUGUAUGAAAAUAUGUCAUACAUAGGAGGCAUGUUUUAUAUAUAUAUGACAUUUAAGAUUCACGUGGCUGUGACUAUAAAGAUCACUGUCUUUUGGAGUGUUAUACAUUGUAGUUUGGUGGAUAGUUACCAGUGUUUCAGAAGAACUUGCUGUCUUCCAUCCUUAGGGUAGAAUGAGAUCUGAAGAUGGUGUCAGCAACUUUCUCCAAAACACUGGUACCCAUCUAUGAAACUACAGUGUCACAUCAUAGAAGGCUAUAAUCUUCAUGUUUUAAAUAUUUCUUAGCCAGUAGCCAAACACCAGUGUUAGUACUAAAGCUGUUGAUGACAGAACAAGUGAUAAUUUUGUUUCAGGCAUUUGUUUUUAAUCUCUUUUCCAGGUAUCUUUAUGUUCAUUGAUGAAGUAAAUGGUGUACCUGGUCCAUUUGAUUUCUCCUUCCUCUUAUAGACGCCAUCUUGUAAUGAUAAAGGUAUAUGGUUAGAGAACAUUGUGAAUAUUUCUGUGUUAUUUUAUGUACAUUUUCUCAUCCAUAGUAAUUUCAGUAAGUUACUGAUAUGGGGAAGAAGUGACACAAGGCAAAGUUCAAAUUCCAUCUUCAUAUUCAUGAUGAAGUUGUUCUGUGACUGAAGCACAUAUUGGACUUUGCCACAGUAAUCAAAUAAGAAAUGAUUUACAUGUGAAAAGUAAUGAAUGUAAUUGUGCAAGUGUGAAAAUCCUGUUGAAAUAAAUUCAUGUUCUCAGAUGGGAA